AACACACUACACUCCACACCCUCCUUCCCACCCAUAUAUCCCACCUCUCCCACCAUCUCCAACUCCCCUCAUCCCAGAUCUCCUUUGCAAAAUCCUCUCAUCUUCCUUAUUCCCCAAAACCCAACGAAAAUGAGAGAGAUCUUGCACGUCCAAGGAGGCCAAUGCGGCAACCAAAUCGGUUCCAAGUUCUGGGAAGUCAUCUGCAAUGAACAUGGUAUUGAUUCAACCGGCCGGUUCACUGGAUCGGAGUCCGAUCUUCAACUAGAGAGAAUAAAUGUUUAUUACAACGAAUCAUCGGGCGGCCGAUAUGUUCCCCGGGCUGUGCUCAUGGAUCUUGAGCCUGGUACUAUGGAUAGUAUUAGAUCUGGUCCUUAUGGACAGAUCUUUAGGCCUGAUAACUUUGUGUUCGGGCAAUCGGGUGCCGGCAAUAAUUGGGCUAAGGGCCAUUAUACGGAGGGUGCUGAGUUGAUUGACUCUGUUUUGGAUGUUGUCAGAAAGGAGGCUGAGAAUUGCGAUCUGUUGCAAGGUUUUCAGGUUUGCCACUCACUUGGAGGAGGCACAGGAUCUGGAAUGGGAACACUGUUGAUAUCAAAGAUAAGAGAGGAAUACCCAGACAGAAUGAUGCUUACGUUUUCGGUUUUCCCUUCACCCAAGGUCUCCGACACUGUGGUUGAGCCCUAUAAUGCUACCCUCUCGAUCCACCAGUUGGUUGAAAAUGCUGAUGAAUGUAUGGUCCUUGACAACGAGGCGCUUUACGACAUCUGUUUCAAGACCCUAAAGCUCACCACUCCAAGUUUUGGUGACCUGAACCACUUGAUCUCUGCAACCAUGAGCGGUGUGACAUGCUGCUUGAGAUUCCCCGGUCAAUUGAACUCUGACCUCCGAAAGCUUGCGGUCAACCUGAUCCCUUUCCCUCGUCUUCAUUUCUUUAUGGUCGGUUUUGCCCCCCUCACUUCUCGCGGGUCCCAACAAUACAUCUCUCUUAGCGUCCCAGAGCUGACUCAGCAAAUGUGGGAAGCCAAGAACAUGAUGUGUGCAGCGGACCCACGCCACGGCCGCUACCUCACAGCCUCAGCCAUGUUCCGAGGCAAGAUGAGCACCAAAGAAGUUGACGAACAAAUGAUGAAUGUUCAAAACAAGAACUCGUCUUACUUUGUCGAGUGGAUACCAAACAACGUUAAAUCAAGCGUUUGUGACAUCCCACCAACCGGGCUGAAAAUGGCUUCCACGUUUAUUGGAAACUCGACAUCGAUUCAGGAAAUGUUUAGGCGUGUGAGCGAACAGUUUACAGCCAUGUUUAGGAGAAAGGCGUUUUUGCAUUGGUAUACGGGUGAGGGAAUGGAUGAGAUGGAGUUCACCGAGGCGGAGAGUAAUAUGAAUGAUUUGGUGGCGGAGUAUCAACAGUAUCAGGAUGCUACGGUGGAUGAUGAUCAGGAGUACGAUGAAGACGAAGAAGCUGAGGAGGGGCAGUACGAGGAUUAAUUAAUAAUAUGUUGCUGUUUGUUUGUUGGUUUGUUUGUUUGAUAUUACGUUGUUUUCAUCAAUCAUUGGAUUUGGUCAUGUAUGCUUGUUGAUUCUCCGUUUUCCAUGUAUUAUACCAGUUGUGUUUUGUUUCAAAGGCUUGGAGAUGAUGAUUUUGUCAUAAUAAUGUUUUGGAAUUAAUAUGUGGUUGGAUC